CGCAUUUUCAAAAGGUACGUUUAAAACCUCCUGAUCCACUAUAUCAGCGUGUUUUUCUGCAGUGUAUUGUGAGAUUGUAGGUUGAGAGGAUGAACGCUCAGGUGUGCUGCUCGUUGAUUGCUGUUUUGUUGUGUCUCUCUGUGUGCUUGAGCACAACAGACGCCAAAGGACGUGCCGAGGUAAAACGAAAUGUUCGUUUGGAUGAAGAGUCGUUACCAGGAAAGCCAGGAGUGUGUCCUGAUGACAAAGACAUGAUAGGAGCGUGUGUCGAGAGAUGUUUUGGUGACCGUGAAUGUCCAGAUGAUGAGAAAUGCUGCAGCAAUGGAUGUGGACACGUGUGUAUGCCUCCAUAUAAAGCAGAAAAGCCAGGAUCAUGUCCAAAACCUGUUGGAGCAGGAGUGUGUGCUGAGAUGUGUUCUGGUGACAGUAACUGUCCAAACAAUCAGAAAUGCUGCAGCAAUGGAUGUGGACAUCAGUGUAUGCUUCCAUAUACAGAAAAGCCAGGACUGUGUCCAAUGACUUUGGCUGGAGUAGGAGGAUCGUGUGAAGAAUUGUGUGUCAAUGACUUUGACUGUCCGAGAAAUGAGAAGUGCUGCAGCUCUAUAUGUGGAGGACGUCUAUGUACACCUGCAUCUUAAGUGAAGCCUGGUCUGCGUCUCAAACCAAAUGUGUGCUGAUAACUCUUCCAUGAUUAAUGUCCUUCCAGACAGAAGUCUUGCCCAACCACCUGUGGACAUGCGUGCAGAUAACAUGCCAGUUUAACCAUUGGAAAGCCCUUGAUUGCCCCCCAAUGUUGGACUUAAG